AUGCCGAAUACAAGAGCAGCGUUGAAGUCUGCGCAGAAUAUAAAGCAGAAGCAGAAGCAGAAGUUAAAGACGGAGCAGAAGAAAAAGAUGAUCCCAGCUAGAAGAACUACACAACCUAAACACAGCCCGGAGAACACAAAAUCAACUUCGAUUCUAAAAGCAAUGAAAACCUGGAACUCGAAAAUACAUGCAGAUAGAAGUCCGGAGAUUGCCAAUUUGAAGACCGAUGCGAAGUCCACAUCGAAUGCCACUUCAACUCCAAAGCAGAAGCUAGACACAAGCUCAGCUAGACAAACUACACAACCCAAUUCCAGCUCGGAGACCACGAAAUCGAGUUCAACUUCAACUCCAACUCCAAAACAAGAGAUAAUCUGGCACACAAAGAUAAACAGAAAGAGAAGCUCUAAACCCACGAGUUCGAGAAAAGAUACGAAGUCCAUGCCGGAUACAACCUCAAAGCAACAGACGAAGUUAAACAUAACCCCAGCUAGAAGAACUACACAACCCAGCCUGGAGAACCCAAAAUCAACUCCAACUUCAACUCCAAAACAAGAGAUAAUCUGGCACACAAAGAUAAACAGAAAGAGAAGCUCCAAACCCACAAAUUCGAAGAAAGAUGCAGAGUCUGCGACGAAUCCAACUCCAAUUCUAAAGCAGGGGCUAAGCGCAAGCUCGGCUAGAAGAAAUUCACAACCCAAAUCUAGCCCGGAGAUCACAGGAUCAACUCCAAAAGCAAAAUUCACCCGGAACUCAGAGUUCAGUGGAGAGAGAAGCCCCGAGAUUGCGUAUUCGAAGAAAGAUGCAGGGAUUUUGACUUCGAAUACUGCUGCGAGAAUGAUUAUCGAGAUUUCAGAUUCGGAUUCGGAUGCUGAUGAUGGUGUUGAUGGAGAUGAAGUUGGACAUGUGGAUAUUGAUGAGGAUGAGGAUGAGGAUGUGGAUGUGGAUGUUGAAGUUGGAGAUGAGGAUGUGGAUUUUGGUAUUGAUAGUGAUGGAGAUGUGGAUAUCGAUGGAGAUUUUGACGAAGAUAUAGAUGUGGAUACGAACACAACUCCACAAUCUAUUCCAAUGUAUAGUUCAACGCUAGAUGCAACUCCAGAUAUGUUUUUGAUACCCGGUAUCAAUUCUGCCCCGGCUUCUCCAUAUCUAGGAGACCCGAUGCCAUGGGUAUCAGAAGCCGAACCAGAACCAGCAGCGGGAUUAGAUUCGGGAUUGGGGAAUUCGACGCUAGAUGCAACUUCAAAUAUCAUGGGGUUGAUACCCGAUUUCAACGCUGUUCUGACUUCUCCAUAUCGGGGAGAUCUGAUGCUAUCGGUUUCAGAAGCAGAACUGGAACCAGCCCCGGGAUUGGGAAAUCAAGUCACUGGAGAUGGAGUUCUUUCAUCCGAUGAUAUGCACAUAGAUAUGGAUUCACACGUGGAUUCGCACCUGGAUUCGCACAUGGAUUUAGAUAUAGACAUGGAUAUAAACAUGAACGUAGAUUUAUACACAGAAGCCAACAAAAGCCCCUCUCCACGUCCUGGAAAGGAAUUUACAUGGAUCCACCUCUGA